AAAAUGCCCCUACGUGAUAGAGUUUCAAAUUUCCUAGAGUUGGUCAAGAAGGGUUCCACUUCAUCAUCGGAAACUCAAAACAACAACAACAGCAAGGAGAAUCAGCAAGAGAACAAAAAGAGAAAGAAUAUUUCUGAUAAUAGUUCAAAGGAAGAGGAGGAACAUACUCAACUGGAAAUUGUUCAAGAAAGCAAAAAGAGAAAAACCAAUGAAAAAGUUCAAUCAACUACACCACUGACUCCUUUUCAGAAGAAAGUUUCUCGAAUUGAAAAACAAACCAAAGUUUUCGGAAGUGACACAAAGGCUAUUUUAAAUUUCCAUUUGAAGGAUUUGAAAAAGAAAUUCCUCACUCUCAAUGAUUUACAAGCUUUAAUGUUGUGGUCAUUGAUGGGUCACUCAUGCACAACAGCAAAGAAAAAGAAUAAUGAUAAUGAAAUUUAUGAAGCUGUAUUAUUUACACCAAGGUGGAUUCAUAUAAUGAAUAUGGGAUUAAUUGACAAGGUUGUAAUUGUUCAUUUGGAUUCAAUGAGUAAGGAAGUUUUUGAAAAGUAUCAAAAAUCAAUGCCAAAUCUUGCAAAAUCAAUGGAACGAUACAUUUUAGCAGAUGGAAUACCUUCAAAGAGGACACCAUUUCUUUUGGUCAAUCCUCCAUGGACCAAGGAUCAGGCCAACAUGCUCAUGAUUACAGAACACAGGACAGCCAAUUAUUGGAAAAAGACCUUCCUUCAUAGGUUGUUUAAGAGAGGAAUUUCUUUCUGUAAGGAAAAAACAACCAAAAAGACAUCAAGUUCUUAUCAAACCUCAUCUAACAAGCCAUUCAGUUUUGCUACCGUAUCAGGUACUUUGAAUGUUUUGGAAAAUUCUUCAAAAAAGAAUACUAAGAUACGCAUUGAAGAGGAAACAAUAGAAAUAACCGAAAAAUUAGAGGUAACUCUGAGAGAUGACAUUGUACAGGAGGAUAAGGAAGAACAAGUUGAUAAUAACGAGAAUGAAAAUGAUCAACCAAAGAAUGGUUCGAGUAAGGAAACCACCCUCAAUGAUUUAUUACUCUCCCAGGAGGAAUUAUCAGAAAAUAAUUAUCCAAUAUUUAAAGAUCCUACCGAGCUUGAAAGUUCAGGUUAUGUUUGCACCUCCAAUUGGAAGACUCCUGCUAAAAAGUAUACACUUCUAGCUCUCGAUUGUGAAAUGUGUCUGACCAAGAAGGGAGAUGAACUCACUCGUGUAACAUUUGUGGAUGAGCAAGGAACUGUAGUAUACGAUAAAUUGGUAAAGCCUCACGAACAAAUUAUUGACUAUAGAACUAUGUUCAGUGGAAUUACCAAGGAAAUGCUGGAAAAUGUGGAAACUAGACUUGAAGAUGUUCACAAAGAGGUUCAGGAAUUCAUAUCUGAGGAUACUAUUCUUGUGGGGCACUCUCUUGAAAAUGAUUUAAUUUGCCUGAAAAUCGCUCACAAACGAGUUAUUGAUACAGCAGUCAUUUUCAUUAAUGCUUCAACUCUUGGAACAAAAUAUAAGCAAUCCCUCAAGCAUUUAACAAGAAAAUAUCUCUCCCGAGAAAUUCAAGUCAAUAGCAUUGAUAAGAUUGGACAUGAUAGCUCUGAAGAUGCCACAGCAGCUCUAGAUUUGGUAAAAGUAGUUCUCAAGGAGGGUAUCGAAUAUGUACAUAAGAGAGAAAGGAGAGGAACCGAUUUUAAGGGACAACAGGAAAAUGUUUUUGAAUUUUUGAGUAAUGGAGAAAAGAGGUCGGUCAUGGUUGAUAGACCUUACAACCUUAAUGGUAUUGUUUCAGGAUCCCUCUCAGAUGCUAUACCUUGCCACAGUGAUGAGGACGUUUUCCAAAAGUCUAAAAAGUUUGUUGCCAAUUCAGAAUAUGAUUUGGUGUUUACACACUUUUCAGAUUUGGGAACCUAUUACGAGAAGAAUGAUUUUGAUCCAAUUCAAGAUAAGGAUCAUCCUGAAGGAAAAAAACACGAUGAAAAUAUCAGAGCGAUACUAAGCAAUCUCGACAAUCAUUUCAAAGAGCUCUUCCAAAGUGCUUCUAACAAUUCUCUCUUCAUUGUCACCACAGGACAUGGAAAUAUUUCUCGAUUGGAAAGGGAAUUCAAAAAGGAAGACAAACAGAAAAGAGCAAAGGAAAUUAUUAACAUGAUUGAAAAUUGUGGAGGAAUAUCUUUCAUUUCAAUGAAAGAGUAAUCUUUUCAUUUCCUCAAUAGUUCCCAACACUAACUUCACCUUCAUAAACAUAAAUCAAUAUUGAAAAGUGAUUGACAAUCAAAUAACAAUAAAAAAUGUCUGAUGAAGGUAAUUGAUAAU